AUACGGUUGCGAGUAUGCGACCAAGCGGCACGGUGUACGAAAUCUUAAUUUCUUAAUAUUGUAUCUUACACCGUGAUAGCGGCACUACCUAGAAAGACACGAAAUGCCAUGAGAUAUUCCAUCUCGAUGAAAGCACUCAUCCGCCAAGUCAUAAAAACCCAAGUAUAUACGCGGCUUUUGUUUGGCAGUUGGCUAAACUGGAAGAGGGUCAUACGUUCCGGAUUGGAUAAAUUAGAUUGUCGUGUGGUGCAUGAAUUUGUGUAUGGUUGCCACAUUCGCUGAUCAUGCUCAUUAAUUAAAGAUCCGGAUAAUACUUUUGACUAUAAAGUACUGAUCCAGUUUCGUUACAGAAGGUGAGAAAGUAGGUUUGAGGCUUUAAAAUGGCAGGAAGGGUUAAAACGAAGCUUGAUAAAUCGGGAGAAAUGCUGGCAUACGGAGAGGCUGCCGUCCGAAAUAACGCCGCAAUUCUCGAGUAUUGCAGAACUUCUAUGGCGGCAUUAUCUGGUGCUACGGCAGGUUUACUGGGAUUAACAGGAUUUUAUGGUUUUGGAUUUUAUGUAUUUGCUGUUAUUGGUCUUUGGUGCCUGAUACUUUUCAAAGCUGGAGCUCAUUGGGAGAAGUACUUCAUUAGUCGAAGAGCUCUCUUGACCAGUGGGUUUUUUGGUGGAUUAUUUACUUAUGUGCUGUUUUGGACAUUUUUGUACGGUAUGGUUCAUGUGUAUUAAAUAUGUAAAUAUCAUUCCCAAGCUGUAAAUAAAAUAUAUUGUGUGUUAAAAGUUUUAAACAUUCCAUUUAAUGAUCAUACAUUGUCCCUUUUCGUGCAUCUGCAAUUUCAGGAAAGAAUUGAAUUUUAAAUAGUCUUAUAACUCUUACCACUGGUAAUCCCUUAUUAAGGAGAAACAGGAAUUGUGGACCUAGCAUCAAAAAACAAGACUUUUGUUAACAUCACUUUAUAUUUUUUUAUACAAAGCAAAAUGUAGAUCGAUAAAAAUUACAAAUUAUUUAAAAUUUUUUAUACAACCUGUUUGUAUGAAGUACUUAAUAAUUUAUACAGUAUUUAAAGCACUUGUAUUUAAUCCAAAAAGCUAAUAGUCAGCAAAUCAUUGAAUUCAUCUAAUUUGCUGUUCAAGAGUUCUUUCAUGCGAAGUAUCUUGAAGAACAGGGAGAGAUGUAGACCCUUUCAUGUUGCUUUCAUUAGUCAUAUGUAGCAUUUCAAUUUCAUGAUUAUUUUCUUCCUCUUGCUUCUUUUUGAGGAAUUUUCCGCCAGUAAAACCUAAAACACUACACCCCAGAGCUGCCAAACCU